AUGACAAAUAGCAAUCAUCAAAAGAAUCAACAACAACAACAACAACAACAACAACAACAACAACAACAACAACAACAACAACAACAACAACAACAACAACAACAACAACAACAACAACGACAACAACAACAACAACAACAACAACAACGACAACAACAACAACAACAACAACAACAACAACAACAGCAACAACAACAACAACAACAAUCACCGUCAUCAUUUAUUUUCCAUCCACCUCAUGUACCACCACAACUACCACCUUCACCAGUUAUUUUUCAUCCACCUCAUGUACAACUACAACCAUUACCACCACCACCACCACCACAUUUUCCACCAAUUAUUUUUCAACAUCCUCAUAUUCAACCACAACAUUUUCCAUUUCCUCAACCAAAACAUCAAUCAAAGAAAAUCAGUACCGACGAGGAAGAAGAGCGCAAAAGGAAUCGUGCUUUGCCAAUACCGCCUAAGGGAAAUUUUUUACUACUGUACCUUUUGCAAUUAGGCUUGCUUAUCCGCAUUAACCUUUUUAGUCAUCGGCGUGUUUGCAGCAAACAUAAUGGAACUACAAAUGAAUUGGACGUGCUUGUGGAUAGAGAUAAUUUACGGAAGUCAUCAUUCAUUGGUUCAUGGUUUUCAACCGAAUUUCCGGUUCACGCGGAAUAUACUCGACAACGACGAUUUGAUAAACCGAUUCGCAUUGAAUUAUAUCUUGCCAGAGCUGUGCUACGGGAUGAAUGUUCGCAAGAUUCGCAUUGUGGUCAUCGGAUGAUUUGUUGCCAGAAACGAUGGUAUGACUUAAGUGAUGAUUCUGGUACCGGAUAUUUCUGUUUGCCGAAUUGCGAAUUGACCAAGAAGAUAAGUUUAGGAAUACAUGAUGCCAAUGGAUUGAUACCAGACGAUAUAAUUUAUGAUUGA